AUGUAGCCGUUGUGGAAAAGUCGACUGUUGGUCUUCCUCUGUGCAUGGGUUUGGCUUCGUCUGCUACAAAAAAUGCCAACCCGGAAUCAGAAGAGGGUUUUGAUGAAAUCUGUCAAACCCAGAAGAGGAAGAGGUCUUCUAGGGUUUCUGAGACCCAACGGAAGGAAAAGUCGACUGUUGGUCUUCCUCUGCGCAAAGUCAAAGGUUUGGCUUCGUCUGCUUCAAAAGAGACGUUGGAUUGUUCUAAAGUCUUGGAUUCUCUGAUGAACCUCGGCCAUGCGAGCUACUUCAACAAGCCUGUUGUUGAUCCUGUGGCUGAGAAUUUGCCGGGUUAUUUCGACGAAAUCUGGAGGCCGAUGGAUUUGGGUACUGUGAAAUCGAAAUUGGAGAAGGGUGUCUACUCCAGCGCUGAUGGCUUUGCUACUGAUGUCAGGCUUAUCUUCUCAAACGCUUUCAGAUAUUUCCCCCUUGGGAGUAGAAAUCGUGCAGCAGCCAAGCAUCUCAGUGGGGUUUUUGAGACCCAAUGGAAAGAAGCCGAGGAGAAAAUGUCAAAGACUGCUUGUCCUCCUCCUACUCCUCCUCUGCCCAAACGGAGACCAAAUGGCAAGAGCUCUUCUGCUUGUAGGGUUCUUAUACAAAGUCAAGGGGUUGUUGGGGUUUCUGAUUCUCACUCAGUUAAGUCAACCAAAGAUGAUGACUUGGGCACCCUUGUUCAUCAUGCCAUGUAUCAGGCCACAGACAAUCUUUCUCCAUGUAAGGCCAGGCGAAUUCAGUCGCUCAAGAUGCGAUUUUCAGGUACAAUACGAAAAGCAAACAAGAUACUUAAGGGUCUACCUGAUUCUCCACCAAGGAGAAAAUUGAUGCAUCGGAUGGAUCAAAGGGAAUUGGCUCGCCGUGCCGUUUUGAACAUGGAGAAGUCAGUCCAAUUUGAGGACCCUUUAAAGGAUCUCAAACAACUUGAGAUUCUGUGUGGCUGUGGCAGUGAAAAGGUCUACCUUGGAUUGCCGCUUAAGCAUUUGGGUUUAUACCUCAAAGAAGAUGACGAGUUACAGGGUCAGGACGAGGAGGCUUUUCUGAAUGGAGAUCGGGAGGAAGGCGAGAUCUGCUGGCAGGAAAGCGAUUGGGAGGAAGGUGAGAUCCGCUCAUGAAAUACAGUUUUUGUGUGAUUGCUAUUUGAGGGCUAAUGCAACUGAGAGCAAAUGGGUUUGGGCACGAGGGACAAAAGUGUGUAAGUUUGCAAUAAAACUGAAAUCAAAUUACAUGGAAGUUUAUCAAGAACUUGGAGACAAUCCCCCAUCUUCUCAGGUGCAUCAGCAGCAGCCUUUCUUUCCCUGUGAACAUAAACCAUAGAGCAAUUCCAAACUCCUGCUAAUCAGGUUUCUGCAUCUUUAAGUUUGUUUUGAUUUAAUAAAGGAAUGAAAUGAUGAAUAAGUGUUUCGCACCUGUACAAAUAAAAUGAUUUCUUGUAUAAGUUGUUCAGUUGCUAAGGUUGUUGCUGUGGAGUGUGUGUCCCACUCGUCUAAUCCCGGCAUUGGCAUUUGCUUCAGUAACCCUGAUAAUUAGUUUGCAGUUUGCAUUGCUGUUGGAGUUGUGUUGCCUUCGUCAUCUCUUCAAUAAGGUUUAUAUCAUGGCUAUUUCAGGUAAAAUUGCUAAAGAUUUUAUAUUACAGAUAAUAUUUGUUUCUGUUAAAUUGAAAAGGAAAAUGGAGUGAAAAUUCCAUUAUUGAUUGUUCUAAUAGGUUUUCUCGUGACCUUCCAUACAGUUAAUGAUUCAUUAUCUUUUCUUUAGGCUUAGCUAACAUUGUUCUUAAGAAACUGCUAAUUUAAAUAGCAUAACGUAUCACAAUCAUUUCUAAAAGUGCUAUAAAAAGGUUUGUGCAGUGAUCUUUUUGUAAUAGCUUCUAUAGUGAUGUCUUGGGUGCUAUAAUCCAUUUUUCUUUUUUCUUUUUGGUUUCAAAUACUUCCUACUUGGCUUAGAGGGAUCUAUAUAUGCCACUCAAAGACGAUGAGAUCUUUGAGCAUGUUUAGAUUUCUUGGCUAUAGACCAUGGGUUGAUAAGUUAGUACUUUUAUAAUGCUGUGAAGAUUAUCAUGUGGAGAUACAAAGGAGCUAUUGGCUUAGAUUCACAUUUGAAGAUCAAUAGGAAUGGUUGAGAAGGUUGGUGUGCAAAGGAAUCAGUUGCAUUCUUUUAAAUGAGACAUCUCAAAGUGUUUGUGGAAUUCACAUCCCACAAAUUGAUGCUUUCAUUGAAAGCCAUCUCAAGAGGAUUUUCUAAUUUGUUAUAGAUAACUUAGAAUCUUGCUAUUAUUAGGGAAUCUCUUUUAAGAUUUACUUUCUAAUUUGUUAUAGAUGAGGUUUCCAGUGUGGAUAUAGUUGUCUCUGCCUGAUGCAAUCCUAGGCAUCCAGAUAUCUUGGAAACAUUAGCAAAGUCUGUGCUUGUUCAUAAAGUUUUUUUCUCUUUGUUCCAAGUACAUUGCUUUCUGAGUUUAUCAUUGUGCUAGUUUUUCUUUCUUCUUUUUGGUUUAAUAAAGAAUGAUAAUGAUGCAAGCCAGAAUAUUUAGCAUCUUGAGCAACAAAUUAUUCCUUGUAAAAGAAUGUUUCUGCAUCUUUAUGUUGGUUUUGAUUUAAUGAGGAUUUCUUGUUAAAGAUGUUCAGCUGCAAAGGUUGUUGGCUGGUCAGUCCCCUCCCAAUUUUCUUUCCUUCUUGUACUGUCUCUUCACGUCAAUAAUGCCAUAAUAUGAAGGAAAAUUAUGGAGUGUGCCUCCUUGUAAACCUUGCAGUGGCAUUUGCUUCCGUGACUCUGAUAAUCAGGUACACCAUCUUCAUUUCUCCUCUGUAUUUAUGAAAUAACCCAAUCAGUGUUUUCUUUGUUUUUUUCUUUUGUGGCAUUUAGAUUUCUCCCUCUUUGUUUUGUUUCUUUUUCUGGGGUCUCAUUUAUGUUGCUGUCACUAUGGUUAUGUUUUAAAGAUCAAUGACAUUUCAUGCAACAAUUUACAGAGCUGCUACUGUUUAGGAAAUCUAUGCUACCAAUUUGUGUUCUUUGGUUUCGUCUUAUCAGAUGUUUGAGCCUUUUUUAGGAGAUCUAUGGUAAAUAAAAUCUAGGUUUGUUUCAUACUAGUAUGAUUUUCACAGAGAACUUGGGUUGAUGAAGAAGAAAGGUUGUAAGUAAGUUUUAAAGUAUACUAUCUGCAUCUUAUGAGAUCUUGAUGUAGUUUGAGCACUAUAUAUAGAUUAGAAUGCCCAGCAAGCAGUAGUGAAUUUUUUAUUUAAGUUGCUGUAUCUGGUAAAUAAAAUUGCAUACAGCUCUGGUUAGAGUUCAUUUGGUAUUGUAAUAUUUCACCAUUUCAAACUUUUUCUGUCAAUGUACAUGAGCACAAAUUUAAGUCCACUAAAAUUUUCUUUUAUUAUCAUCACUGACUGAAAAUCAAAUAAACAGAAACCUUAGAAGUUCCACGUUUUAAACAAUUUCCAGAGCUGUUGAAGGCACUCCAAACAAUAAAAAUAGGAAACCAUUUUUAUUUGGACAUGUUAAACAGGAUCCUUGGUUCUCAUCUUUACAAAAAAAAACAUGUACUUUCUGAUGUGCCUAAGCCUGCAGUGGGGCAGAGUUUCUAAUGGGGAGCAGACGCAGUUUCUGUUACUGUUUGGUCUGUAAUUAUAAUAUCCCUGAUCUAUAGUUUCUAACUGUUAAGAGUUUUCCAAGUAUUAUGUGUACAGUGUAUCAGAGUAGAAUAACUAGUAAGGUUGGCUUAGCACACCAUAAAUUUGACUUGUUUUACCCUUCUACAGUUUAAAAACUUGUACAUUAAGUAAGCUUAUUUUCCAAAUCGUAUGGACUUUUGGGUUGUGUUUAGACUGUUCUAAUUUUGGCAUUGUGUUAAUUGAUUUUGAUUCAAUUUCGGUCAGUAUAUGUUCUGGGGCCUUUUUCAGGUGAUUCAGGCAUUUUAAGAGCUUGUUUUUUUUUAGCUUUUAAUAGAAUUUUCUUUUCUUAACUACUGCUGUCAACUCUUUGGGUUCUGAUUUUCUGAUUGUCAUUGUAAGUCUUCUAAUUGAGCAUGAUAUUGUCUUCGUGUUUUGAUUUUCUGAUGGUUAUCGUGUUCGCUUGUCUUUUUUUUUAAAACUAUAUCUUCUGUGCCUCAAACAUACCUUGCUUUCUUUUCCUCGUUGUUGGGUUAGUUUUCGACCAAGGUUUGUUUUCACUAGGAUUAUGUAUAAGAUCAUUUAAAACUUUGUUUAAAGUCCACUUUGCUUCCAAUUCUUCAUUGCUUGUUUAUCUUGUUUGAUGUUUGAGCCUUAUUUUAAGGUACUAAGAUGUUUGAGCCUUAUUUUCGGGUA